ACUUUGAAAAAUAAUAAACCGGAAAUCCCUUUUUACUUUCGUUUUUAGAGGAGCAGCGGUGACAUCCAGCUGUUCUUGUAAAGCUGCUCAGAAUGGCGCAGGCCCUGCAAAAACUGGUCGCCAAAGUUCCCAAGCUGGUCAUUGGUGCAGUGACAUAUGCUAAACCUCGGCUGGGGACUUUCUGGUACUACGCCAGAGUGGAACUGGUGCCUCCGACUCCGUCUGAGAUUUCUAAAGCCAUUGAAGCAGCAAAGGGUCUCGUCAAGAGCUACAAGGCCGGACGUGUAGGGCAAACAACAGUCAAAGAUGCUUUGAGAAAUGGACUUGUCACAACUGAAGUGUUGAUGUGGUUCUACAUUGGAGAGUGCAUCGGCAAAGGAGGGCUGGUCGGAUAUGACGUCUGAAUCACAUGAAUGAUCAUUUGUACACAUGCAGUAUAUAUAUAUAGCAAACUGUGCAAAUAAAUUUUAUAGAGAAUUUUAUCACAAA